CUGGUAUGUAAACGGAAGCUGGAGAGCAAGAAGGAGGCCCUGCUGAUCCUCUCCAAGGAGCUGGACACCUGCCAGCAGGAGAGGGACCAGUACAAACUCAUGGCCAAUCAGCUGCGAGAGCGACACCAGUCUCUGAAGAAGAAGUACCGAGAGCUGAUUGACGGAGAUCCAUCUCUUCCCCCUGAAAAGAGGAAGCAGGCUAAUCUUGCACAGCUGUUGAGAGACUCUCAGGACAGGAAUAAACAUCUGGGAGAAGAAAUUAAAGAACUUCGGCAGAGGCUUGGCGAGGUCCAGGGUGACAAUAAGCUGUUGAGGAUGACAAUCGCUAAACAAAGACUAGGAGAUGAAGAAAUUGGCAUGAGGCAUUUCGCAGCCCACGAGCGAGAGGAUUUGGUGGAGCAGCUGGAGCGAGCUAAGGAACAGAUCGAGUCCUUGGAACAUGACCUGCAGGCCUCGGUGGAUGAACUCCAGGAUGUUAAGGAAGAAAGGGCUUCCUACCAGGACAAAGUGGACAGGCUGAACCAGGAGCUCAACCACAUCCUGGGUGGUCACGAGAACCGUAUCAUUGAUGUGGAUGCUCUGUGCAUGGAGAACAGAUAUCUCCAAGAGAGAUUGAAACAACUCCAUGAGGAGGUCAGCCUUCUGAAGUCAAACAUUGCCAAAUACAAGAAUGCUCUCGAGAGACGGAAAAACUCCAAGAGCCAAGGCAAGUCCAGCAGUAGCGCUCUGACUGGGGUCCUGUCUGCAAAGCAAGUCCAGGAUCUGCUCUCUGAAGAUCAUGGGUGCAGCCUCCCAGCUACUCCACAGUCCAUUGCAGACCUGAAGUCUCUGGCCACGGCCCUGCUGGAGACAAUCCAUGAGAAAAACAUGGUCAUUCAGCACCAGAGACAAACCAACAGAAUCCUAGGGAAUCGCGUGGCAGAGCUGGAGAAGAAACUAAGAACUCUGGAAGUUUCUGGUUUGUGGAGUCUUCCAGGGGGCAAGGACACUAUACUGUUCAGUGACCAGACUCUUCCCACCACACAGAGGUCAAGGUCCCCACUGUUGAAGUUUGUGGAACAGCCCACUGAGAACAAGGAGAGCCCCAGGGAUGUUAAGUGUCUCUCAGGGGAGGUUCAGAAGCAGGAGUGGGGUGAAAGCUGUGCAGCUGCUGAGGCAUUGGCAGUGCCUGAGGAUGCUGGGAAGUCUGCUGUCAGCUCCCCAACACAGCCGAGCAACAGGAACCAGAGCUCAUGCUCUCCUCAUCCCCCGUUACCCCAGACACCUUCAGAGGACGUAAACAUGGUGGGAAAGGAGGCCAUUCAACUGACUGAUGGACCGGAGGCUGCAGACCUGGAGGAGGUCACAAGGGAGGCUCCCACGGAAGAACAGAGGAGUGAGCCCGGCCUGUCCCCACCCAGCCUGGCCUCCCAGGGAAAGUGCACCACAGCUCUCCAGCAGGACCCCUUGCCUUCCACGCAGCCGGAGGCCAAAGCGUCUAGUGUGGACGGUGAUGGAGGGCUCUCAGAGGGCAGAGACACAAGAAGCACUGUGCAAACAUGAGGGAAACAGAGACUGACGGGGUGACACAUGGAUGGCCCCAGGGACAGCGAGGAAAGGCUGAAGGCCCGGAACAGACGUCCAACCACUCUCGCCUAAAACACCUUCCUGUCUGCAAACGAGAAAGCGCUCUGAUCCGGCUACAAGCUGGAAGCACCCGAUGGUGCCAGCUCUGUCUGAUUUAUUAAAUGCUGGUCUGUGAGCUACUUGGUGUCACCUCUGUCUGCCGAAGACGUGCCGCUGUGAACACGGCCGGGCACAAGAAUCGUAGUUGCCAUAUGGCUGCCUUUCCACAUCCCUUCCUGUCAGCAUUUGUUUUAUUAGAGAGAAGAUGUUUUUCUAUUAGCAUUUAAUGUUGUCCAUCAAAGUGAUGGGACAAGCUGGGAAAGAAAGGUUUUUUUGUUUUUUUUUUUCCCUGGGUCUCGGUCUUGGGAAUAACUGGGUGGCUGGAAGAAAGAUGUAAUUGAAUGAAAUGUGUUCAUGGGGCCAUGGCUGCACUUUGUCAUGGAUGGGGUCUCUGAGGAUCCCCCAGAAGUAGAUGUUCUUGGCACCCAAUGUUUUACAGUGGGAGGUGGGAGGGACCAGAGCAGGCUGGGAAAGUCAGGCUACAGGUUGGAGAGGCUGUUUGUUGACUAGUACAGAUCUAAGGGUUCUAGCCUAGGUCUGGAGCUUUCGAUGGCCAGAAGGGAUGGGUUAACAAGGAGCUGCCAGGGGUAGGGGACUUCCUAGUGGCAUUCUGAUUUGCUGUUGUUGUUAUUAUUGUUACUUACACGAUAUUAGAAACACUAGCUGUCUUUAUCCAGCCCAAGCUGCACAGGAUGAUGUGGAUAUUUGGGUUCUGGGAGAAGCUCACUGCUUAGCUUCAUCCCAUUUCCCCGUACCACUUGAAACCCUGAACCACUCACUCCAUCAACAGAAGGUUGCAUCUGGGCCUCCAGGUACUCGGAUUUUAAACACAGGACUCUGAACUUGUAGCCUAAUAGGGAAGGAGCAAAGAUGAGUUUACUACAGCCUUGACCACUGUACACCAAGCAUAAUGUCCAACGGGGGAGGAGGAAGUAGCCCACUCUGGCCGCUGCUUCCUCACAGAGUGCAGAGGAGCUACAGAAAUUUGCAGGGCCAUUAAGCCCAGACUGCCCUUUGAGCUGGGCUCAGUUCCUCUCCCUGGGUAUGUGAGGUGGCUGAGAUCCCCAAGCUCACACCACCUCUGAGAGCCGGAUCUCGGAAACUCCAGCUAGAAAGGGAAGCUCAGAGAUGGCGCAUGUUCCCAUUCAUCCUAAAACCCGUCUGUGCCCUGGGACUCCCAGGGACAAGGAGACACCUUCAGACAGGGUUCCAAUGUUCUAUUUAUCCCUCUGUAUUUCAGUUUGUCCCUUCCCCAUGAAGGCCAGCCACGUGGAGGAGGAAGC